AUGAUUGCUAAUGUCAACGUUAUAAUGGAAACUGCUUCAGAAGAAGUUCUUUUUUACACAUUUUUUCCAUAUCAAGAAUUUGCAUGUCGUUCAACGAUACCUGUGCUCACUCAUCGUUUCAAUGAUAACUUUGUCCAUCUUGAUGGACCAUUUUUUCCCCCCAAAGAUGUCAACUUUCAUGGAUGUCCUCUUCGAGUUUUGACGACAAAUGAAGUAAUUCUUAACUUGGCCAACUAUAAGAAACCCAAAGCCCUACAAAACUAUGGAAUGUCCAUUUUUGAAGCCAAAAUGCUAAAAGAAUUUACUUCAAGAAUGAAUUUUAUGCCUGAAGUUUAUGAAUGGGCUCAUUUAAAAUCUCCUGAUUCUGAACUUCCGAUCACUGAUGGAAAAAUUGAUGUUCUGCUGAGUUACAUUAGAAAUAGUCCAAAGAAAAAUUAUUUGUACUCAAAAACCGUACCGUACUAUUUUUCAUGGAUGGUAAUAGCUGUUUACCCCCAGUUUAACAAAUUUCGGACGCAGGCUUGGAUCGUGGCACCUUUCAAUUUCACAACAUGGAGUUUCCUAAUAGCAUCGUUAUCCUUGAUAACUAGUUGCAUAAUUUUAGCAAAUACUCGUCGAGUUAAACAAAUUUUUAGUUUAAUUCGACAAAGUGAUAGUCAACUAGGAGGCCUUGACGUUAUAUCACUUGUUAUUGGAGGAUCUAUUGAGCACUUGCCAAAAAAAAUUUUCUUACGAUUUUCAUUGACAGCCUUGAGUUUGGGAACAUUGGUAAUUCGGACAGCAUAUAUUGGUAAAAUCUAUGAUGCAUUUCGAGGUCAGACCUUGUUGAUACCUCCGCGAAGUUUAAAACAACUCUUUGCUGAAAACUACACAAUCUUGGCAACAUACUAUUACAAAUAUAUUGUAGAUGACCUAAGUAAAAAUAUUGACUAUCCAAAUUUUAAAGAAAUUAUAGAUGUGACGAAAAUUUUUGACUUAUUGGCUGGUGACAAAAAAGAAGCUUUGGUUACAACAUUUAUAACAGUUUAUACAUUUUUUCCGGCAAAUGCAAUUAAGAAAUUACAAAUGGAAUCAGUUUUUGGAGAACAAAAUUGUAUAUUUUUCCAAAUGCAUUCAUUUAUAUUGCCAAAGUUUAAUGAUAUCAUAGUGAGAUUGGAAGAAGCUGGUAUAUUGAAUUAUUUUCAAAAAGGAUUUAACAAAUUGAACGAUGGAGAUUUGAUAAAUAUUCAAGGGAAUCAAGAACCAGAAGUUUUAUGUGUUGAAAGUUUUGAUGUGACAAAGGAUGAAUUCCUUUUGACUGGUGAAAUAGGCGAUGUUGAAGAGAUGGUAGAACCCUUGCGGGACUAA